AUGUUUCGUUAUUUAUUGGAAUUUUCAUAUAUUGGAACAGGAUUUCGAGGAAUCCAAAAAACCAUAAUAAAAUCGGAUCCAUCAUUUGUGGACUUGAAAUCGGUGCAAGGAUGUUUAGAUGUGGCGCUGCAAGUAUUUCGUCCGGUUAAUGAAAUCCAAACUGUGAUAUCAAGUAGAACCGAUGCUGGGGUACAUGCCUUGCAUUCAACACUGCAUGUAGAUUUACAACGUGCGGAUGGUAGCCCAUACAUUGAGGAGACAAUAACAGGGGUACUGAAUCGCACCUUAUAUAAACAAGGUCUACCAAUUCGAUUAAUAAAUACACGCAUUGUACCAGAUACGUUUCAUUGCCGUUACAGUGCUUUGGGCCGCACCUAUUUGUAUCGCAUUGCUGUGGCCAAAAAUGGCAUAAAGGAUUUGGAUUGUCAAAAUAAACAUUUUGAAUCAUUCAUACCCGUUGAGGAAUUGGAUCGCUGCCACUUUUUGCAGUAAGUUCGAUAAUUUUAUAGUACAUAUGGUUUAUAGGCCCGGGUACACGAUGAAAAUCAAUAAUUCAUAAAAUUGAAGAAAAAUACAAAAACAUUUAAAAGUGCAAGCAAGCGUCAGAAGAGUACAUCACGAGAUCAUCCUAUGUUCACCGUGCGUCGUAUCGAUGAAAUUAAUAUCAAACCUGGAAAACCUGCCUGUACUGGCGUCAAUGCGCAAUUAGCUGAAGAAUUAUACGAUUAUUGGGAUAUUGAAGUUAAAGGCAAAUCAUUUCUGUAUAAACAAGUACGGCGUAUUGUGGGUACCCUCAUCGCAUUGGCCACAAAUCGUAUUAAUGAAAAAUGCAUUUAUGAAAUGUUGACAAUACCCUCAAAACACACCUGGGAUCCUAGAUUACAAAUAGCGCCAGCAUAUGGUUUAUAUUUGGCCCGGGUACAUUAUAAUGAGGAUGAUAUGAAAAUCAAUAAUACAUCAUAA